AUGGUGAACCUCCCGGAUGAAAUCAUGUUGGAUAUAUGUGUUAGGUCACCCGUCAAGACAAUUGGGCGAUUCCGGUGUGUAAACAAGACUUGGUACAAGUUAUUGAAUGAAAGUAAGUUUGUUCAAAUGCACUUAGAUCACGCUACUGAGAUAAACAGAUUAAGUCUUAUGCUUCAUCAUUCAUGGAAUCCUAAAACUUUUCAGGAUGAAGUCUACACCAUAGAUUAUGAUCCAUUAUCACCUACAUGUACUAGUUGUGUUAAUAAAAAUCUCCCAUUUGUGGCAAACCAUAAUUAUAGUCUUUCGCUUGGCUUUCUUGGACAUUGUAAUGGUUUGAUUUGCAUGAAACCUGUCGACAUAUCUAACCUUUUCCUUUGGAACCCAUCCACAAAUGAGUAUAUAGAUUUACCUGAAGCACCACCAAGGCCACCAUUUACAACCGAAGAUUUCUCCGAAGACUAUUGCAUUGAAGGUGGGUUUGGUUAUGAUUAUAAGACUAGGAAUUUCAAUGUGAGUUCAGAACAAGUCUGUGUGCAUUGGGAGGGUCUCUUUGCAUAUGUGGUUGUUUAUCCUAAUAGUGGUGUUGAGGUGUGGGAGUUGAAGGACGACAACAGAGUGAAAAAAUCUUAUUGGAAUAAGCUUUUCACCAUUGACCUGAAAAAGUAUUUUGGGUUGGGACCAAGAACCAAAACUACUAGACAACAACUCGGGAAGCUUUUAAAUGCUCAUGAGCCUAACAUUGUUUUUCUAUCUGAAACAAAAAACACGAAUGACUAUGUCAAAAAUAUCCUAAACAAAUCCAUAUUUUAUAAUGUUGCUUGUCAAGCUCUAGUUGGUAUUGCUGGUGGUCUUGUGGUUGCUUGGGAUAACUCUGUUAAACUAACUAUUUCAUAUCAGGAUGAUAACCAAAUAAAUUUCCAUGUAUGGGAUGAAAAAACUAAAUCGAAUUGGGUUCUUACUUGUAUGUAUGGAGUCUUUAUAAAGACUAUAGGAAAGCCAACUUUUGGAAAAUGGUCCAUCAUAUGGGCCAGAAUAUGA